CACUAACGGAAACAUCAACGUGAAAGCGAGACGGACGCCCUCCGUCCCGUUAUAUGCUGUGUCUGUCUGUCUGUGUGUUGAGAGUUCUACGUCGCGCACUCCAAAAAAAUACAAAACAGCAAAAGAAAAAAACACAAAACUUUAACACUCACACACACUGGCACACACACACACAUACACGAGCAUACAGUAAGCUUCAGGUGCUAGAACAACAACAGCCAACGAAAACGAGACAAACGUUCAGAUCUCAAAAACAUUAAUAUAUAUAGUUAAACAAAAUAAAAAUAUCAAAUAAAAAACAAGUGCAAGCAAAGAGAAAAGCGCCCAAUGCGGCCAAUGGAAAUGCCAAAGAAAAUGCAGCAGCUACAAAUUCGACAACAAAUGCAAAUGCGACAGCAACAGCAGAAGAAGCAGCAGCAGCAGCAACAACAUCAACUGCAAUUUCCCAACACAUAAGUCCACCGUAUUUUCCGUCUUUGUCGCGCGCGCUCACACACACACACACAUACAUACACGGAGACACAUGCAUGUGCAUAAAUGGCAAUAUGGACGAACAGCAGCAGCAUUUGCGUUGUAUACCAACACAGUGACACGCGCGUGCCAAAUAUUGCCGAUUUUAUCACACGAACAACAACAACAGCAACAGCAACACCAGCGGGACCAGCUAUUAACUAAAGGAGCCAUUACAACAACAAUAACAAGAUCCAGCAAAGCAACAACAACAACAACAACGGGAGCAACGAACAUUGCUGGAAGGCGUCGCAAAAUAUCAAAAUGUCAAUUCAGAAGCUUAACGACACCACCAACUCGGGCUACGUGAGUUCCGAGGAGACGGACUCGCUGCUGGUGAGCAGCUCGAAUCCGUCGAAGGGCGGCGGUCGGACGGCUCUGCUGCGCCAGGUGAAGAGUAGCUCCACAAAUGGGCCAACAACGGGGGCGUCCACCUCGUCCUCGGGAUCGGUAUCGGUGACGGUAUCGGGCGGCGGUGGAUCCGGUUCCGGUGGCGGAUCAGCAUCGGGCUCAGCAGCCGGGGCUUCCAAGCCAACGCUAAUGCGUCAGGAUCGAACUUCCACCUAUCUGACGAGUCCGCAGCAGUCGCAGCACGCGAGGAUGGGCUCCGAGGAGAGCAUGCGAGGUGGCACCGCAGCCGGCGGACACGACGAGGAUGUGGAACAGGGCCUGGUCCGCAGCAGCAUAGUGCCUGAUAUCGAAGUACACGAAGAGGACCAAGAGCAACACAGCCAGCAGGGAAAAGCAACGACGCUGGCAACGAUGACCAAUAACCAACAGCAACAGCAACCGACCAUAUCAAUUAUGAAUUUAAGCCUCAAGCCAGGCGAUAGCCACAGCCACAGCUCCAGUCCGGGCAGUCAUCCGAAUCUGGGCACCUCAUCAUAUCAGAAUCUGGCCUCGAGCAUACCGCCCAGCGUACCAAGUCGCUGCAGGGCGUGCCGCAAUUGCAGUCGACGUGCUUCCACCACGCCCACCACGCUGAUCGAUCGCUCCGCCUCCCGCGACAGUGUGAAAAGUGCCUUCCAGCAGGGCAAUCUCAGCGGCUCCAUGGCCAUUUGCAUAUCGAACUCGGCCCUGCCGCAGCAGCAGCAGCUGCAGCAGCAGUAUCACCUGCAACAGCAGCAGCAGCAGCACUAUCAGUUGCAGCAGCACCAUCUGCAUCAGCAGCAUCUGCAGCAGCCGCAGCAGCAGGUGCCGCCCGUGCUAAUCACAUCAUCGCCAACGAAUGGAUCACGGAUAAUACGGCAAAGCUCCCAGCCGGAAUCGAGCAGCACGGCCAUUUGCUGUGGUCCCCAUUCCGCCUGCGUCGGCCACGCCCACUCGUACUCGCACACGGUACCGAAUGUCUCGCUGAAGCAGCUGCGCGAGAGUUCCGGCGAUGGAAUCGCGGGCAUUGCAGCCGACUCCCUGCGGAUCAACGGUGGCAUGCGGCCCUUCAAGCAGCUCCGCAAACCGGCGUCGACACUCUCAAUUCCUGGCUCGAUGAAAACACCUUCCAUUGCGAACCGGGAACAGAUCUCAUCUGGAUGCAACGAAGAAGCGGCCGAGGCACUAGUGGGUAUCCACUCAGACUACCCUAGGUAUGAAAUGUAUAUGGAAGAACGUGCUCUUACUGGCGGCAAUACGUCCAGGAAGCCAUCAACAAACUCGGCCAAACACAAACCCAAUGUGGGCUAUCGCCUGGGAAAGAGGAAAGCCCUCUUCGAGAAGCGCAAACGGAUCAGCGAUUACGCCCUGGUCAUGGGCAUGUUCGGGAUCAUCGUGAUGGUUAUCGAAAACGAACUGAGCAGUGCCGGUGUCUACACAAAGGCAUCGUUCUACUCGACAGCGUUAAAAACCUUAAUAUCUGUUUCGACUGUGAUUCUUUUAGGACUUAUAGUAGCUUACCAUGCUUUGGAAGUGCAGGUGAGAUUAUUCAUGAUAGAUAACUGCGCUGACGAUUGGAGGAUCGCAAUGACAUGGCAACGAAUUAGUCAAAUAGGGUUAGAACUUUUUAUAUGCGCUAUACAUCCAAUUCCUGGCGAAUACUAUUUCCAGUGGACGACGAAAUUGGCCAAUAAGAAUAAAACAAUUGGCACCGAAAUGGUGCCAUAUGACGUAGCUUUAUCAUUACCUAUGUUCCUUCGAUUAUAUUUAAUCUGCCGCGUAAUGCUGCUGCAUUCAAAGCUAUUCACAGAUGCAUCAUCACGGAGCAUUGGCGCUCUCAAUAGGAUUAAUUUUAACACAAGAUUCGUUUUAAAAACUCUAAUGACAAUAUGUCCGGGAACGGUUCUAUUGGUCUUCAUGGUCUCGCUGUGGAUCAUUGCAUCGUGGACGCUGCGUCAGUGCGAAAGGUUCCACGAUGAGGAGCACGCGAAUUUGCUAAACUCCAUGUGGCUAACGGCCAUCACAUUUCUGUGUGUCGGCUACGGCGACAUUGUGCCAAACACGUACUGUGGACGCGGUAUCACCCUCACCUGCGGCAUGGUGGGCGCCGGCUGUACGGCUCUACUGGUGGCCGUUGUCUCGCGGAAACUGGAGCUGACCCGUGCCGAGAAGCAUGUGCACAACUUCAUGAUGGACACGCAGUUGACCAAACGGCUGAAAAAUGCUGCGGCGAAUGUUCUGCGUGAAACUUGGCUCAUUUACAAACAUACAAGACUAGUAAAACGGGUUAAUCCCGGCCGUGUAAGAACCCACCAAAGAAAGUUCCUUCUAGCUAUAUAUGCGUUGCGAAAAGUUAAAAUGGAUCAGCGCAAACUAAUGGAUAAUGCAAACACAAUAACUGACAUGGCCAAGACACAAAACACGGUCUACGAGAUAAUAUCGGACAUGUCUAGCCGUCAGGAUGCCAUCGAAGAGCGUCUAACCAACCUAGAGGACAAAAUGCAGAGCAUACAAGAGCACAUGGAAAGCCUUCCAGACCUAUUGUCUCGAUGUCUGACCCAGCACCAGGAGCGGAUCGAGCAGCGGCGGAACUUUUUACAUCCUGACACAGCUGCAGUUGCCCCCAUUCAAGCGCCAACGCCCCAAUCGAUGUUCAAUGCAGCGCCCAUGCUGUUUCCCCAUUCUAGAAGUGUUCCCUCAUCCAAUAACGCCGCUGCUACUUACCAUUGGCCAACAAGCCCUAUUUUGCCACCUAUAUCUAGUAGAACACCACAUUUAGUGCCUGAUACUCACAUGCCAUCAAAUGGAUCUGCAGUUAAUAGCUACGCAUCUUCCAACAAAUACGGCAGCUGAAUAUCAGAAAGAGAGCGCUCCAACUCCGUGAUUAACAUCGAGAUGCUAACAAUAAGGCCGGAUCGAUUCUGGCCAACCUCAUCCGCACCCCAAAAACCAACAUCAACAUUCACAUCAACAUCAAUGUCUACGUCAAAGUCUAAACCCGAAUUCGAAGUGGCCGAGACAGCGCUGAGGCAACGCGUGCUAUCGCCGUCGUUAUCGGAGUUUCAAUCGAAAUCGCUAUCGAGACCAUCGUCACACACGCAAGAGCACAUUUUGCAACAUUUUGGGCGGGAAAGGGAGAUGAUACCGAUGAUACCGAUCAUACCGAUACCAGUGAUACCGGAGGACGCCGAAUCGUUGGCAAACACCAAUACGAACAGCAACAGUUCGCCCGAUCAGCAGAAUGUGCCCAUGACUAUAAGUACAGUACCGCCAUCGAGUUCAGCGCCCGCAUUCACAGCGACCGGAAGCGGAGGUUCGGUGGCCGGAACUACUGGUGGCAUUGUGAAAUCGAUAACGAUGAACGAACCGAUUACGACGGGGAGCGGCAAGCCGAUUGCCUCGAAUAAGUUUACUAGGAAAAGAGAACGUGUAUGCAAUAAUAGUAGUUAAUAGUAGUAGUCAUAGUUAUAGUAAUAAUAGAGGUAAAAGUAAUAUUAGUAAUUCUACAAGUCGAAUUUCGAACUCGGCCUUUUGUAAAUAAGCCUCUUCGAGAUGAGAAAAAAGUCAAAUGUUAGCAUAUACAUAUUAAUAUACAGAAUACACACACUAUGUAUCUAUAUCUGUAUAUGGAUAUAUAGGCCUCCCCACAAAACAUCCAAAAGAAAGCAAAAAAACAAUAAGCGAAAACCAAACAGAAUAUAUGUAUACAUAUAUAUGUCAUUGUGUAACUUUUUUUUUCUAAGUUUUAGGCUAAACGUAUUUGUAAUAUUUCACCUUGGGCCAAGGCAGCCUGUACAUGCAUACUAAAAUACUUAACAUAAUAUAGCAUGUAGGGAGCGUAUGUGUGUGUAUGUGCAUGGGAGUGUGCGAAUGCGAGUGUACAGGACCAGAUUGGUAAGGAAGUUAGGUCAUAUGUAGGACAUAGAUCGUAGGGCACCAGCAUGUAGAAUCCACGUAUAUAAACGCUCAGAAACAGCAACAGAAAUAGCAAUAGCAAAUCCAAAAGAUCUGGCACGAAAAGUCCAUACCAGUAAAUCCGUAUAUCCUUUAAAGAACCGCAACCCCCUGCACUUCCGCUUCCGGUGCAGCCAACCAACUGCAAAACAUCCACGAACAUGGAAAUUCUAGUGUCCGUCUGUCUUGAAUUUGUGUACAUAUACUGUAUCCGAAGGAUGUGUGUCUGACCUGACUGUGUGUGCGAGGCAAGUGAAAGCAUAAGCAUACGAGGAACCCAUUAAAGCCCCAACAAUUAUACACAAAACGAGCAUGACGAGGAAAAAAACAAGAACUAAAUCCCCAAAGAAGAACAAUGAAAAACUAUCUAACUGUAAAGUGCAUGUUGCGAGAUUUAGAAAACAGCAAAAACAGCGAAACCAAAAACUAAGAGAUAGCGAAAAAAAGAACCCCAAUAACCGAGGAUAAACGAAAAAUAAACACACAAGAUGUGAGUUCUUACUUAACAUCUACAUACAUACUAUGUAGAUCUGGCUUUAACUAAACUAACGAAACAAGUUUAAAGGAAACAAGUUUGUUGUUGUCUUCUUUUUCUACACAUAUAUUAAAAUAUAUAUAGUAUAUAUACAUACAUAUAUAUUUUCGUUGUUGCUGUUUUUCGCCCAUUCUUUUCUACCAAGAAUUAUGAACUCAAUUAAGAACCUGAAUAGCUUUUGAAUGAAGUUAAUGACGAAGAUACAGUAGCGUAGACUAAACUGAGUAACAAAUGAGAAGAAAGAAGUCGCAAAACGAACUAUUUAGUAUAGUCUACAUACUAAAGUGAACAAUUUUAAUUGGAAUUUUUGUAACAUAUUAAAGUAAAUCCCAUUAAUAUACAAGCUAGCUGGCAAAUGUGUAACAACAACGGAACAAACUACAAGCUCCAGAUAGAAAAUAAUAGUAACGAACCGAAGUGAACGGAAGCGAGUUGAUAGAGCAGAAUAGUGUAGACAUAAUAGCAGAAGUGGCCGAGCUACGUAAAGAUUUUCUAAAGAUUCUAAAAGGAACAUUAUAUAUACUAUAUAUAUACAUAUAUAUAUAUAUAUAUACUUACUAUAAAGUAUUAACUGAGAGCAUCGAAGUUAUUUAAAGUAAAAAUCAAAGCAUGAAAACAAACAAUUAGGUAAUGUGCAACCUUCUAACGCUUUGUUAGGUUCCCAAGUUCCCAAAUUGAAGACAAAUGAGAUAUACAACUGAAUUCCUCGAAUAGUGCUCCCACCUUCCAGCUCCCCAAAAAUUCCACCCAUCCCCGCACAAACUCCCCAAUUUCCCCGUCAGUGAGACAGACUCUGCAUAUUAUACAGAACCAGGGCCAGAAAGGAUCAAAAUAUCUGUAAACUGUAGAUUAUAUAGCCAUAGGAUGCAGUCCACUUUAAGCCAACUAAGAGUAUCGGAGUUUCAACACAAUGAUUUACCACAUCUCCAAGCCCCUGGCCUAAGUUUUGAUUUAUGAAAACGAAACUCCCCGCAACCAAAAAGUUUGCCAACUGUCUGAUAGGUCUUAACUUAUAUGUAUUUGUACAACUGAAGGCCCAGACAAGAAAAGAAAUGAAAAGGGAGAACAAGGAACAAGUAACAAACCAACUAAAUGAACCCCUAAACAAGUGUGUGUAUACCUAUUUAUAAUAUUGAAUAUUUAAAUUGAAAUGAACGUUCAAGACUGCUGUCAAAAUAGCUUUAUCACAAUAAAUAACAAAGAUCUACACAAGACGAUAACACACCAAACACAACAGAACAAAACAGAACAGAACCGAUCAGAACAAUACUAAGGAUAUCACUAUCGAUUAUCGAAUCGGAAAAGAUUAUCGAACCGGAAACACACAGCAACACACAGAUUCAGAUACGCGGUAUGGAAUGCGGCCAGCUUUAACAUGAUGUAUUAAUGCAUAUUUGGGUUUCAAUUCUACAACAACUUAAAACGAAUACGCAGAAUAACACCGAAUCGAAUCCAAUUGAAUUGAUUAAUUGGUGCAAGAUCAAAUUCCCGUUUGAACUGGUUUCCUAAGCCCAACAAAAUACCUUUUAACACGAGAUAAAAACCAAAAACUUUGAUAUGAGGGACCGAAUUUCCAAAGACAGGUCUUUAUUAUACAAAAUACCGGAGCAAAAGCAAACCAACUAACAAUGAAUUCCUAAGUAACAACAUUUAACAGUAACAAUUUAUAAUACGCAAGAUUUUAAGCCGCCUUAGAGCUGGGUUCCAAACAAAAAAAAAACUAAGGCACACAUUGAAGGAUCGUAUUGCACCAUGUCCUUGGUUGACUUUCGUAGCAUUUUAGGUCCGAGUUCAACGUCCAGCUUUGUGUUACAUUGUCCAUUUGUGUUUUUUUCAAACUAGACUCACAUCGAAGCGAAUUGAAUCGACAAAUGUUGUGUACUUUCUUCUCCUCAGCGAAUCGUAGAGCUCAAGGGGUACUUCGAGAAUCAUGCUUCAACCGUAACUCUUCUAGCCAAACCAGGUCCAACAGAACAUAUAUACAUAUGUAUGUGCAUGCAUAUGUAUGUAUAGCCCAGUCAAUGCCAAUGCUAAUGAAGAACUGGAUUCGUGUUUUCGAAAAACGUUUCGAACCGGAUUGUGACGAAGCAGCCAUUUUGGUGUAUUUACACGAUAGAAUCUAGAAAGGGUCCUUCCCCCAAAAUAUCCCCCACACCCCAAUCCCUCCUCUCGUGCGCCCAACUAGAUCGGGGUAUGCAAAAUAUAUAUGGUUACAUAUACAAUAUCUAGAUAUACAACACACAUACAUAUACUCGUAUAUACAUGUACAGACGGUCUAUGAGGUGUAUACCCAACAACCCAAAAGCCAGAAACCGAAAAACCCAAAAAAAAACAAAAAAACCCACACUAAUAAGAUCAUAUUUGACUUUAUAUGUAUUAUAGUAAUGUAUUCAGUAGCUAAAUCGAAAGCCGAAGCAAAGACCAAUUUAUUAACAACAAACUAAUAAGGAAAACCCAACUGGAAAACAAUUAUUAUGUUAAAGUAAACAAUAAAAACAUAAGAGGAAGGCGAAACAAUUUUUUAUGGAGAAAAAAGAAGAGAAAACAAGAGAAGAGUAAUGAAAGUAAACUAGAAUGCAUUGCAUGAAUUAAACGAAGUGGAGAAAAACUAAUAGAAAGCAAAACUUGAAUAAAGCUAAACAAAUGUCAACUAAAACCAAACUUUAACUAAACCUACACUAAUGCUAAAACUAAAACUAAAGCAACAUUAAAUUAAACCAACUAAAAGAAAGAAGAUUUAAUUUCUAAAAGAAAUAAAGUAAGAAACUAAACGCAAAAAAAACAGAAAAAAUUCAGUGACUAAUGAAAUAGUUUAUUUUGAAUUUACUGUAUUGUAUAUUUAAAUUUAACAAGGGAAACAACCCCAAACAAAGUAUAUUGUUAUAUCUUAUCGAGGAACCGUGUUUUGCAAAAGCUUUAAUAUAAUAUUUAGGGUGCCUACAUUUGCUAAAUUAGUAUUUUACGAUUUAAAAACCAAGGAACAAACCAAAAAAAAAAAAUAAGAGAAAAUAAAUACAAAUACUAAAACCAACAACUACAUACACGAAAUAGUGAAAAGCUUGAUUAAAACGAACCCAAAAAGUUAGGAGCCUCGAUUUCCAAAACGAAAUACACUGAAUAUAGAGAAUCCGAAAUCGAUACCAAAACAAAUUAAGAACAGCUAAAGCAAAUAUUGUAUUUGUAUUUGAGAUAUGAAUUUUAAGAAUGUUUAUUAGACUUACGAUUUGUUAUUUUGUAUACAUAUAUAUAUUAUAUGUAUUAUGUAUGUAGUAUAAACUGAUCUGAUCUGAAGACGAUUGUAAUUGUUUUUUUUUUUUGCUCAUUAAGCAUUUACCUCAUAAGAAUUCCCACUAUUUAUAGCAAAUUUACCAUAUUACAUAAAUCAAUUGCUGUACUGUUAUAAUGUACGAUCCCCAAGAAAGCGAAAGAAAGCAACAAGAAGAACCAUUCAAUGAAAGAGGUCAACGGAAGUCGAGGGGAGAUAGGGAAACUCAUAAAACUGUAAAUUAUUAA